AACCCAAAAUUAUUACAGUCUUUAUUUUACAUCCGAAGUUUUAACAAGUUUUAAAAAUGGUGCCACGUCUUUUGCUCAGUUUUGUGCUUCUGGCUUUGGCAUUGAUCAACAGCAGUAAUGCAGCUCCCAAUGGACGAAUUGUCGGUGGUGUCGCCGCCACUACUGGGCAAUUCCCCCAUCAAGUCUCACUACAAAGUAGAGAUGGUUCACACAUCUGCGGUGGUUCGAUCAUUAGUGAACGGUAUAUUUUGACAGCAGCGCAUUGUGUUGUUGUUGGAGAAAGCAUUCAAUCUUAUCCACCCAGAGUUUUCCAAGUUCGUGUGGGAAGUAUUCAACGUUCAAUCGGUGGUCAAGUAUUGAAAUUGAAACAAAUCAUCGUUAACAAAGCUUAUAGUGACAGCCUAAACGAUGUGGCUCUCUUAGAAUUGGAGCAACCAUUGGUCUUUACCAAAGAUAUACAACCCAUUCAAUUGGCCGACGCAGAGGUGCCCUCGGGAGAGGAUGUUAUAAUCUCUGGUUGGGGACGUCUAUCCACGAACGGUCCAAGUCCAAAUAUCCUGCAAUGGAACACUUUAAAAGCUUUGACCGUGCAGGAGUGCGAGGAACUGAUCGGAGUGGGCGAGGACAGUUUGAUCUGUUUAGCUCAUAAAGUUAAUAAUGGGGCUUGCAGGGGCGACUCUGGCGGUCCAGCCACAUAUAAGGGUAAACUGGUGGGUGUAGCUGGUUUUGUAGUGAAUGGUUGUGGUAGUAUUUAUCCAGAUGGUUAUGCUAAGGUGGCAUAUCAUCGCGAAUGGAUUCGUGCUAAUUCUGGAGUUUAAAUGCUUGUUUUGUAAAUUUCAACGUAUUAAUAAACAAAUAUAUAUUUUUUAAUAAAAUAAUUUAAAAACAUAAA